AUGGCCGUCCUUCCUGAGCCCGCUGUCUUCGACGACGUUCCGAAGCGAGUCAACGAGGCCUCUCGGCGCAUGUCCUGGAUUCGACCUCUCCUCCUCCACACGCGUCUCGACGACGAUGUCUGCAAUCACAAUUACUCCGGCAACGGCACGGACGACGACCCUUACAUUGUCGAUUACCUACACAACGACCGCGAAGACGCCGUGAAUUUUUCCAAGGGACGAAAAUGGACCCUCACGGUUCUCCAGUCCAUGUCCACGUUUGCACUGACCUUUGCCAGCUCAGUGUACGCCGGCGGCAUAGGAGGCGUCAUGGAGCGCUUUGACGUCUCCAAAGAAGUGGCCACGCUAGGCUUGUCGCUCUUCGUGUUGGGGUUCGCCCUGGGACCUCUGAUCUGGGCGCCUUUGUCGGAGAUGUACGGGCGCCAGUCCAUCUUUGUGGUUUCGUACUUGGCAUACACGGCGUUCAGUGUGGCAGCGGCGUGUGCCCCUAACAUCACGGCCUUGCUGGUUCUUCGCUUCUUUGCGAGCGCAUUUGGUUCGUCGUCCAUGUCGAACGCCGCGGGCGUCAUUGCCGACAUGUUCAACAAGACGGAGCGCGGCAUGGCGAUGGCGUUGUUUGCUACAGCUCCCUUUCUGGGGCCCGCACUUGGACCCAUUGCUGGUGGUUUUCUCGGCGAGGCCCAGGGCUGGCGCUGGAUUCUCGGUUUGAUCGCCAUACUGGGCGGCGUGAUCUGGAUUGCCACGACGCUGGCCACCCCCGAAACAUACGCGCCGUUCAUUCUACGCCGCCGAGCCAAGGCCCUCUCCCGGAUGACAGGAAGCGCAUACGUGUCCCGGCUGGAUGCGGGCCGGCCACCCAGGACGCUCUCGCAAGACCUCUCGGUCUCUCUCACGCGCCCCUUGGUCCUUCUGUUCCGCGAACCCAUUGUCUUGCUUACCUCGCUUUACACCGCUGUCGUUUACGGCACACUGUACAUGUUCUUUCCCGGGUUUCCCAUCGUCUUCCAACUUGGUCGAGGCUGGAGCCCGGGCACCGCCGGACUUGCGUUUGUCGGAGUCUCCGUCGGCGUCUGUCUUGCCACGCUGGCGGCCGGCGUGGACAACAAGCGCUAUGUGCGCCUGUCUGUGGCCGCCGAGGCAGAAGGGCGUGCAGUCGAGCCCGAAGCCAGACUGGGGGCGGCCAUGGCAGGCUCUAUUGUUCUUCCUAUUGGCCUGUUCCUCUUUGCCUGGACAACGUAUCCAUCGGUGCACUGGAUCGUGCCGAUUCUCGGCGCCACGCUUUUCGCGUGCGGUCUCGUCAUGGUCUUCAUGUCGCUGAUGAGUUACGUAGUAGACUCUUACGUCGUCUAUGCUGCUUCUGUGUUGGCAGCCAACUCGAUGCUUCGGUCCUUGUUUGGCACCGCGUUUCCGCUGUUUACUACACGAAUGUACGAGAAUCUCGGAAAUCAAUGGGCGAGCUCCAUCCCUGCGUUCUUGGCGCUUGGGUGCCUGCCUUUCCCGUUUCUGUUCCAUAAGUACGGCCCGCGAAUACGCUCCAAGUGCAAGUAUGCUUCCGAAGCAGCAAAGGUGCUGGAGAUGAUGAGUCGUGAGCACGUCGUCGUGAUACAGGGUGAGUCGGUAGAGAAGGAUGCUGAAUAG